GAGAGAGAAUCCUGACCUCCACUUUAUUCGGUGCGUGCCCUAGAGAGAGCUCGUUGGCUGACGGGGAAUUUACGUCAGCUCCUUUUCACAGCUCAAGUCUUAACCCGAACCCAAACUGGCGCCCAAGCAGCAAGUGUAAAAGUAGCGAGCGUCGACCCCGGCCAGGAGUAACCUCCUCAACAUCCUACAGCACAGUCUGGCGCGCAGGAGCUCAUCAGAGAACGGCGGAGGGGCAACGUGACCAGAAAGGGACGCAGUGAAAGGUCGAUUGGAGGCUAUAGUCUAUUCACUACUUUUAACUUUUUUGUUCGCUGAGGAUUAUUAUUACUUUUUACUUUUAUACUAAAAUUCGGCGCUGAAACGGCUGCAGUGACUAUGUUUUGGUCGCACCUGUUAGUACUGGUCCUAAACUGCUACCUGGGUGCUUCAUCCGCAAGAACCGUGAAGAGGAGCUCGGGUCCGUCUCCCGCGGACCCCUUCUCAGACGUCCCGGAGGACCAGGACCCGGUGUCGCAACACAUGUUGAAGCUGUACGAGAGGUACACCAGGGAGCAUCGGCUGAAGGACGGGAACACGGUCCGGGGGUUCCGAGCAGCGGGCCAAGACGCAGCUGAACAAAGAACGGUGUACGGGCUCAACUUGACUUCGCUGCAGGACUCCGAGGUCCUUCUCUCCGCCUCGUUCCACUUCCAGCUCGACCGGCGCCCGCGCCCCAAACCCUGGGCCUGUAAACGCUUCAAGGGCCCCGCCUGCCGCCCGGCGCCCUCCCACCACCCGUCUGCGCCCGUCAACAUUCUCCUUCACGCCGUCGCCCCGGGGUCAGGGGUCGGUCUGGGGGCCCCGGGGUCGCUUCUGGGCAAUUUGACCUUCCACCCCCACAAGAGAGAGGUGUGGCAGAUGACGGAUCUGACCCAGGUCAUAAAGGAGGCCCGGCACACGGGCCACGUCCUCCUGUCUCUGGAGCUGGACUUUGGGCCGCACCACCGGAGGCAGCCAGAGGAGGCGCUGUCUGUGGGCAGCCUGCCCUACCUGCUGCUGUACGCCGACGACCGGGCCCUGGCCGAGCCCAACAGCGUGGCCGCCAGCCUCCAGAGGUACGACCCCUUGGCCGAGGAGGGGGGGGGCCCGCCGCGUUCCCCGGGGUGGACGGGCCGGGCCAGGAGGGAGGCCGGGCGGCCGUCGGUCCAGGACAACGAGCUGCCGGUGGGCGACUACAGGCCCGACGGGCGCCGCGCCAAAGAGAGCCAGCUGGACAGCACCUGGUACCUGGCGCUGAAGGCCAAGUCCGCCCUGAGAGGCGCCGAGGAGGAGAAGAAGAAGCUGGAGAGGGCGGAGCAGGCGUCUCCCGAGAAGAAGGAUAAGAGUACGAACGAGAGAGCGGAACCCGCGGCGCCGCAGGGAGGGGAGAAACACGCUCACGGUGGCCCCGCGGCGGAGCAUAGCCACGGGAAGAGGCCCGCGAGCAGGGGCCGGGAGGGGGCGCCCAGGGGGGCCGGGGAGGACAACAGGAGGCACAAGGAGGCCAGGGAGGGGAAGAGGGCGAAGGGGCAGUCGGGGGAGGCCGCGCCCCGGUCCCCGGUGUUGAGUUUCGACGAGCGGACCAUGCGGCAGGCCCGGAGGCGGCAGUGGGCGGCGGCGGCGCACGGGGGCUGCUCCAGGAAGAACCUGCGGGUGGACUUUGCGGACAUCGGCUGGAGCGAGUGGGUCGUCGCCCCCGAGGCCUUUGAGGCGUACUACUGCUCUGGGACCUGCGGCUUCCCCAUGCCCAAGGCGACGGGACCCUCCAACCACGCCACCAUCCAGAGCAUCGUGCGGGCGGUGGGCAUCAGCCCGGGGGUGCCCGAGCCCUGCUGCGUGCCCGACCAGAUGAGCCCGCUGGCGGUCCUCUACCGGGACGAGGCCCGGAGCCCCGUGCUGAAGGUGUACCCCAACAUGUCGGUGCGGUCCUGCUCCUGCAGGUAACCAGGGGAACGAGUCAGACAGCCCGGGUCGGCAGGAAGCAGAGGACUCUGGAGAGGGGGACUGGUACUGAGGGGGUUCUGUCGAUGUGGAGGAACGCUGAGCGGUAUCAAAGGGCCACUAGAGAACACUAUCAUCUGCCGUCGUGACAUGGAAGAGGCCUGUGGCUAAACCAUUGCAUGAUAAAGAGGCAGAUUGACGUCUCCGGGGGAAUAGAAUCCAGGUCCAUGUGUUUCAUUCUUCAACAUUAAUUGGGUGAAGAGAAGAUAGGUAAGAUAAGAUAGAUAAGAUUAGGGAUUUCAUCUGAAAGCCAUUUGGUCGUAGAAAUGGGUUUGUUGUUCAAACAGGUCAUUGUGGCUCUCGCACACCUUGUUUACAUUGGGCACAAAGGCUGCAGUAUAUAUUGAAGGUUGCGUUGUUGUCACUUGUACAGCUGAAUAAGAGAAAAUCAAAAGGUUCUGAGUAUUUCCACGAUAUUAAUCGAUAUAUAUACUGUAAAUGCAAUAUGAGUUUGCUUAUUGGUGAGAUAAGCGUAUUAUACCAUGUUGUACAUACAAUCCUAAUUUGUUUGCGAGGCAAAACUGAACUAUUGUACCAUAUUAUGGUUCUCUUUGUAGAGGGAACUACUCAAUGAAUUAUAAAGGGAACAUCUGGAAUUAAUUUACAACCCUACCCUCUAAUUAAACGUUGUGAAUGAUAUAAUAAAAUAUUUUUUUAUAUUGUAUGCAAACUUGUAAAAUGUAUUCAUCUUGGUAAAUAGACUUUGUAUUAUUAUAUAUUUUAGAAGAAGCCUGUGUUUUUGUACAUGUGAAUUGUUUAAAUUAUGAAAAAGUAGCUGUUUAUAAAAGUUUGAUUAAAAUGUAAUUUUAUCUUUCAUGGCAUUUUAAAGUCAUUUCUCCCCCC